CUGAAAAGAUUCGAGCACACACUAAUUUAACAACCCUGCUUCGUCGUCUUCUUUUUUUUUCCCCUUCUGCUUCCAGGAUAAUUAAAAGAGAAACCUGUAAAGGCAACGUUCCUUCAAGCAAGUUGGUGCUGUAACGUGCUGGUUUCAGGAGAAGCCUAAGGGCUGGCAGCAAACAUCAAGGAUAUUCAGCUCUUUUCAACAGAAUAACAAGGAGUAGAGAGACUGCCACAGAGUUAUCUGGAACAUUACCAAGUAACGGCACAGCUAACAAGAUGAAUGGAGCUUUGGAUCAUUCAGACCAACCAGACCCAGAUGCCAUUAAGAUGUUUGUUGGACAGAUUCCCCGUUCAUGGUCAGAAAAAGAAUUAAAAGAACUUUUUGAGCCUUAUGGAGCUGUCUACCAGAUUAAUGUUCUCCGAGACAGAAGUCAGAACCCUCCCCAAAGUAAAGGUUGUUGUUUCGUAACAUUUUAUACAAGAAAAGCUGCUCUUGAGGCACAGAAUGCACUGCACAAUAUUAAAACUUUACCUGGGAUGCAUCAUCCUAUUCAGAUGAAACCUGCAGAUAGUGAAAAGUCAAAUGCUGUGGAAGACAGAAAAUUGUUCAUAGGAAUGGUUUCGAAGAAGUGUAAUGAGAAUGAUAUCAGGGUGAUGUUUUCUCCGUUCGGCCAGAUAGAAGAAUGCCGAAUCCUUCGGGGACCAGAUGGGCUGAGCCGAGGCUGUGCGUUUGUCACAUUUUCUACAAGGGCAAUGGCACAGAAUGCAAUCAAAGCCAUGCACCAGUCUCAGACCAUGGAGGGCUGCUCUUCGCCAAUCGUGGUGAAGUUUGCUGACACCCAAAAGGACAAGGAGCAGCGGCGUUUGCAGCAGCAGUUGGCUCAGCAGAUGCAACAGCUCAAUACUGCCACUUGGGGAAACCUCACAGGUCUUGGAGGACUCACACCACAAUAUCUAGCUCUCCUGCAGCAAGCAACUUCCUCCAGUAACUUGGGUGCCUUCAGCGGCAUUCAGCAAAUGGCCGGCAUGAACGCUUUACAAUUACAGAAUUUGGCAACUUUAGCAGCCGCAGCAGCCGCCGCCCAGACCUCAGCUACCACCACCAAUGCAAACCCUCUCUCCACAACGACUGGUGCUCUGGGAGCCCUCACAAGUCCUGUGGCUGCAUCAACUGCUAAUUCCACAGCUGGUGCGGCCAUGAAUUCUUUGACUUCUCUGGGUACUCUCCAAGGACUGGCUGGAGCCACUGUUGGACUGAAUAAUAUUAAUGCACUAGCAGUUGCUCAAAUGCUCUCAGGUAUGGCGGCCCUGAACGGAGGACUCGGCGCAACAGGCCUGACGAACGGCACGGCCGGCACGAUGGACGCGCUCACCCAGGCCUACUCAGGAAUCCAGCAGUACGCGGCCGCCGCGCUGCCCACCCUCUACAGCCAGAGCCUGCUGCAGCAGCAGAGCGCCGCGGGCAGCCAGAAGGAAGGUCCAGAAGGGGCAAACCUCUUUAUUUACCACCUCCCCCAGGAGUUUGGAGACCAGGACAUUCUGCAGAUGUUCAUGCCUUUUGGAAAUGUUAUCUCUGCUAAAGUCUUCAUUGACAAACAGACCAAUUUGAGCAAGUGCUUUGGUUUUGUUAGCUAUGACAAUCCGGUCUCUGCACAAGCUGCUAUCCAGGCUAUGAACGGCUUUCAGAUUGGCAUGAAACGCUUGAAGGUUCAGCUGAAACGCUCCAAAAAUGACAGCAAACCUUACUGAUCUUAACCCCAGAUGCUUACUGCUCUUAUUUUAGCUUUCUUAGGGUAAGUCCCAUGAGCAAACCUGUCCUCUGCAGGGGGGUUAAGAAAGAACAUAGAGCCAACCUUCACCAAGGGACAGUUAUUUUUACAGUUACCACUUCCAUCUCCCCACUUGUCCUUACUGCACUUGGCUCCCAUUUCCUCGCCAAGUAAUUACUGAGUUGUGUUACUGUAUUUUGUUUUGCAGCAUAAUUUAUCUCCUUUUCGAAACAAAAAUAAACAUCUUGAAAUUCCAAACAGCACACACACACACACAAACACAAAAAAAUGUGCAAUUUAACUCUGUGAACCCUGGUGCCAUUAGCACACAAUAAAAGUUGUUUUCUAUGGAUGGAUCGUAUUUUACCAGGGUGGCACCAGCAGUUUAUAGGUUAAACAAAAUGGCCUCAUGCCAGUUGAAGCACUUAUUUUGCAACAAAAAUUGAAAUAAGUCUUUCCACUACAUCAACUUGUUUUUUGAGAAGAUCUGAUUUUUUUUUCGGUUCAAAUCAACGUAUUGUUAUAUAUUAGUCUGAUUUUACACUGGUCGUCUUUAUAUUUCUUUUUUUUAAGUUCUUGUUUUUUUGGAAAGGAUUAAUGUAAAAAAGAUUUAGAGAUCUGUUUCUAAAG